GGGCCGCAUUAUUGAUGUUUCCCGGUGAUUUUUAAGUCUAACUUCGGGGUCUGGGGAGGGCAUAUGGGUUUUGAUGGAUUUUGGGGGGAUUCCAGUGGUCUCCCAAUGUGCCAGGAUGUGGGAUUGAGGAGGGCGUCCUUAUUUUAGAGGGCCUGGGGUAUGUUUUGAGGGUGGUUGGUAUAGUAUUUAAUUUUAUUUGGAUGGGUGGGGGAAUUCCCGAACCUGCUUUGGACCAUGACAUGAACUGUGAGAGGGGGAACCUGAAGCUCAAGAGUCAAAUCACCUGAAAGGCCUCCGGGCCAACAUGGCAUCUGAAGAAGCCUCCCUCCGGGCAUUGGAGAGUUUAAUGACAGAGUUUUUCCAUGAUUGUACGACCAAUGAACGAAAACGUGAAAUAGAGGAGCUUCUGAAUAAUUUUGCCCAGCAGAUUGGAGCCUGGAGAUUCUGCCUCUAUUUUCUUUCUAGCACACGGAAUGACUAUGUAAUGAUGUAUAGUUUAACAGUUUUUGAGAAUCUGAUCAAUAAAAUGUGGCUGGGAGUCCCAUCCCAGGAUAAAAUGGAAAUCCGUAGCUGCCUGCCCAAGCUCCUUCUAGCUCACCACAAAACCUUACCUUAUUUUAUCCGAAACAAACUCUGCAAAGUUAUUGUUGAUAUUGGCCGCCAAGAUUGGCCUAUGUUCUACCAUGACUUUUUUACAAAUAUUUUACAGUUGAUACAGUCUCCUUUAACAACUCCCCUUGGACUGAUCAUGUUGAAAACAACUUCAGAAGAGUUAGCAUGCCCCCGUGAAGACCUUAGUGUGGCUCGUAAAGAGGAGUUGAGGAAGCUGCUAUUGGACCAGGUACAAACUGUACUUGGAUUACUUACAGGUAUUUUGGAGACCAUUUGGGACAAGCACAGUGUUACUGCUGCCACUCCACCACCAUCCCCGACUUCAGGAGAAAGUGGUGAUCUGUUAAGUAACCUGUUGCAGAGUCCUAGCGCAGCCAAACUGUUAAAUCAGCCAAUCCCUAUCCUUGAUUCAGAGAGUGAGUAUAUCUGUUCUCUGGCUUUGGAGUGCCUGGCCCAUCUCUUCAGCUGGAUUCCUCUGUCAACCAGCAUCACCCCAUCCCUUCUUACCACGAUAUUCCACUUUGCUCGAUUUGGCUGUGACAUUCGGGCCAGAAAGAUGGCGUCAGUCAAUGGCAGCAAUCAGAACUGUGUCCUUGGUCAGGAACGUGGCAGACUUGGUGUUUUGGCCAUGUCUUGCAUCAAUGAACUCAUGUCCAAGAACUGUGUGCCUAUGGAAUUUGAAGAGUAUUUACUGCGAAUGUUCCAGCAGACUUUUUACCUCCUGCAGAAAAUCACCAAGGAUAAUAAUGCUCAUACAGUGAAGAGCAGACUAGAAGAACUAGAUGAAAGAAUUUGGAGCUCCAAAAGAAGAGCAGAAAGGUAUAAGGUGGUUCGAGAACUGAAACUGCCCCUCAUUCAUAGCCAGGAACAUCAGAAGAGGCACAUGGAGUUGCACUGUGAAAGGCGAGCUCUGCAUGUACAGACAGGUGUUAAUGGAGAGAAGGGUUGCGUGUCCUGUAGCUACAUCGAGAAGUUUACUGACUUUCUUCGUCUCUUUGUGAGUGUCCAUUUGAGGAGGAUAGAAUCCUACUCCCAGUUUCCUGUGGUAGAGUUUUUGACACUGUUAUUCAAGUACACAUUUCAUCAGCCCACCCAUGAAGGAUACUUCUCUUGUUUGGAUAUCUGGACCCUUUUUUUGGACUACCUGACUAGUAAAAUUAAAAGUCGUUUGGCAGACAAGGAAGCUGUACUCAGCAGGUACAAAGAUGCUCUGGUCCUCUUGCUUACUGAGGUAUUGAAUCGGAUACAGUUCAGGUACAACCAAGCACAGUUAGAAGAGUUGGAUGAUGAGACACUUGAUGAUGAUCAACAAACAGAGUGGCAGCGGUACUUACGCCAGAGCUUGGAAGUUGUGGCCAAAGUCAUGGAGCUCCUUCCCAGUCAUGCAUUCUCUACACUGUUCCCAGUUCUUCAGGACAAUUUAGAAGUUUAUCUGGGGUUACAGCAGUUUGUAGUUACUUCAGGGUCAGGUCAUAGACUGAACAUCACAGCAGAGAAUGAUUGUCGAAGGUUGCACUGUUCUCUGAGGGACUUGAGUUCUCUCCUCCAAGCUGUUGGCCGAUUAGCUGAAUAUUUUAUUGGAGAUGUGUUUGCUGCCAGAUUCAAUGAUGCACUUACAGUUGUGGAGAGAUUGGUCAAAGUAACUCUAUAUGGAUCCCAGAUAAAAUUGUACAACAUUGAAACUGCUGUGCCAUCAGUAUUGAAACCUGACCUCAUUGAUGUUCAUGCUCAGUCCCUGGCAGCACUCCAGGCUUACUCUCAUUGGUUAGCACAAUUUUAUAGUGAAGCUCAUCGACAGAACCCACAACAGUUCAUCUCGCUGGUCUCCACUGCCAUGGAAGCAGUCACACCUCUUAUUAGUUCCAAGGUACAAGAGAAGUUACUCUUGUCUGCAUGUCAUUUACUGGUCUCGUUAGCCACUACAGUGCGGCCAGUCUUUCUUAUCAGCAUCCCAGCAGUUCAGAAGGUCUUCAACAGAAUUACAGAUACCUCUGCCCAGCCACUUCUUGAUAAGGCCCAGGUGUUGGUAUGCCGAGCCCUCUCCAAUGUACUCCUGCUGCCAUGGCCAAACCUUCCAGAAAGUGAGCAACAGUGGGCAGUGCGUUCAACUAACCAUGCCAGCCUCAUUUCAGCUCUGACCCGAGAUUAUCGCCACCUGAAAUCCGAUGCCAGUGCACCACAGAGAAAGAUGCAGCUGGAAGACACCAAAGUGAUUAUCCACCAGACACUGAGUGUCUUAGAAGAUAUUGUGGAAAGUAUCUCUGGGGAAGCUACAAAGUCUCGACAGAUUUGCUAUCAGUCGCUGCAAGAAUCUGUUCAGGUCUCACUGGCCCUCUUUCCAGCUUUUAUUCAUCAGUCAGAUGUGACUGAUGAGAUGCUGAGUUUCUUCCUUACACUGUUUCAAGGCCUUAGAGUACAGAUGGGUGUGCCUUUUACUGAGCAGAUAAUACAGACCUUUUUAAACAUGUUUACCAGAGAACAGUUAGCUGAAAGCAUCCUCCAUGAAGGGAGUACUGGUUGUCGAGUGGUUGAGAAAUUUUUGAAGAUCCUCCAGGUGGUUGUGCAAGAACCUGGCCAAGUGUUCAAGCCUUUCCUUCCGAGCAUCAUCUCACUGUGUAUGGAGCAGGUCUGCCCAAUCAUAGCUGAGCGUCCCUCUCCUGAUGUGAAGGCUGAAUUGUUUGAACUACUUUUCCGGAUUCUCCAUCACAACUGGAGGUAUUUCUUCAAGUCCAGUGUCCUGGCCAGUGUCCAUAGGGGAAUUGCAGAAGAGCAGAUGGAAAAUGAAGUACAAUUUAGUGCCAUCAUGCAGGCCUUUGGACAAUCUUUUCUCCAACCUGAUAUCCACCUGUUUAAACAAAAUCUCUUCUACCUGGAGACUCUGAACACCAAGCAGAAGUUGUAUCAUAAAAAGAUCUUUCGGACCACCAUGCUGUUUCAGUUUGUGAAUGUGCUGCUUCAAGUCCUCGUCCACAAGUCACAUGACCUGCUGCAAGAAGAGAUAGGGAUUGCCAUUUACAACAUGGCUUCUGUUGACUUUGACAGCUUCUAUGCAGCCUUCCUUCCAGAGUUUCUGGCCAGCUGUGAUGGUGUGGAUUCCAACCAGAAAAAUGUUCUGGGGAGGAAUUUCAAAAUGGAUCGGGUGAGAGGACAAGAGAGGCCAGGCUGCAGGGAAGGGUGGGUUUGGCCAAUCUCAUGGCCAGAGACACCAGUUCAUCAGAGGGAGGUUGUGUUACUCCAUUCCCAGGGAUGGUAAGGACCUGAAAAGUUAGCUUGUACUAACACUUACUUAGCUUGCCAGUGAGCUAUGUAGUAACCGCUAGAUUUUCUCUGAUUUAUAUACUUAUUGUGACUUUACUCUCUCUUGCUUUUGCUUUGAGGAAAGAAGUAUCUUUGAAUUUGAUUAGUAUUUCUGCCCUAGUUCCACUAACCAGUUUGAGAUGUCUCUUAGAUAGGAAGCCCAUUAGCUGGGAAUGGUUACUUCCUGAAAUUCCAGAACUCUCUGUUGGAAGUGGCUUUGUUUUUAGCUAAAUACAAUGUGUCAGUGUUAGCACAGUGCCUGGCACACAAUAAUUGCUUAAUAAAUGCUUUCUUCAUCUAUCUGAACAAGCAGCAUGUCUUAUAGGACCAGUCUAAAAACUUUGCUGAAGCUAAAAUUAUCAUUAGCUUCUAUUGCCCAGAAAUGGUACAGGUCCACAUUUAGUCUGAUCAGAUUUGUGUUAAUUUUUAAUGAUUUACUCUAGACUCCCUCACUUCCUCAUGGUCAUCAAAAUGUGAAAACUGAAUACUUAAUUAGUUAUUAUAUAUUUUCCAGGUAUUAAAGGUAAGCUGAUUAGUCUCUUAUCCUGGCUUUUGCUUAGGAGGGUUCUUUAUCAGUUGUCCCAGUAUUCUUCACAGUAUUAACUAAUGUAGCCAUGCAGGUCAAAGAAGUAUUUGCCUGCCUCCUUUGCCAGUUGCCUGACUGUUUCUGAACUGGAGCCAUUGAAGAAAGAAGAGGAGGUCCAGGCAGGUGUCUUGUGCAGUUCCUGUAGCCCUUUCACUGUUGACAGUAGUCAAAGGAAAGUUAGAGGUGGAAACAGAUUGCAUUCCUCUGCUUGUUAACAGCACAGGCUACAUGUCAAGCUAACUGGGCCUGAUGGACACACCAGCUAAUUUCACUCACUGUUAUCCUGACUUCCAGCUUGUCAUCCUUGGCAAGACUGGCUUUAGUUGUCUGGCCAUAAUUAUUGACCUUUUGUGGGAAAGCCUUUGUUGCUUUAUUGCAGUCUGUUUUUUAUCUCUCUUUCCCUAUAUAAAAAAAAAGAAAUAGAAUUUCCUUUUUUCUUCUUAAUGUCUGAUAGAUAUGAAGAAUGCAUAUUUAUAGUACAUAGGAAACCACAACUACCUUCUCCCAUUUUCCCCCUUUGGCUUUCUUUAUUCCUACAUCCUUUCGAGGUUUUCUAUUUGACUUAUACUUUGCUCUUAAACUUGAGGUUUUUCUGUAGCUCUUAUUUAAGUUUCUUCUCACUUUCCUCAGUUUCAUGUGUUGUCACAGUUUUUUCUUCCCCUCUUAGAUCUUUUGAUCUUCUUUGUCAUAGAGAACAUGUAAUCCAUUAUGAUACUUCUUACUGAAAAUUUUUGAAAUUCACCUGACUGGCCUUAUUUUCCAGUGUUCGAGUUUCCCACUUUUUUUUUUUAAAACGAGAUAUCCCAGACAGGAACACCAGAUUUAGUGGAAAAAAGAUUUUUUUUUGUUUUGUUGUUCAAAGAAGUUUCUGCCUUGUUUGAGAAUAUGAAGUCAGUAGUUGUCCUCUGAAUACUUGAUGGCUAACUCAGUGAUCAAAAUGUGUUUCUUGCCGUAAUGGGCCUAGAAAAUUGCCUGGUGAUAUCUUUCCACACAUAAUGACAUAUAAGGUGUGUCUCAAGUUAUUUAAAAAAAAUUUAAGGGAAUGUUGACCUUCAGCUCUUUUUCUUUACUUUUAACUUACUUCAGAAGUCUUGGAAGAGUCCUCAACUUUCUGAACUACUUGGGGUUGGUAAAAAAGAUACUUAAUAGCCACUAGCGAUUGCUGGCCAGCACAAGGGCUGAUAUCACUGUUAUAUUUGAGGAACCACAAGUUGCCUUAUUGAGAUUGUUGUAGCCCACCUCUCAUGCAUAUCUUUGCUUGUCUUAAUAGGCGUAUAUAAAAGAGGAUGAUACUUAGUAUUCAAGAUCUGGCAGUUUUCUUAUAGCUCAUAUCUUUUGUAAAUGCCUCCCACACAUACUUCAGUAUUUGUAAUGAGAAUGGUCUCUAUUUGUCUUUAUGAUGCAAAAUCCCAUCACACCCAUUUCCUUUAGUUAUCUUUUCUGUGGCUACUAGACAUAAGAUCACAGGUUUAAGACUUGGAAAGAGACUCAAGAAGUCGUUGAAUUCAAUGCCCUCAUUUUACAGAUGAGGAAACUGAAGCCCAGAGAGGUUAAUAAAUGACAUGUUCAAAGUCACACAUAGCAGAACUCAGUGCUCUUUGAUUUGCAUCUUCUGGCUCAUCCUAGAGGUUCCCAUUUGUUCAGGGAAAGCCUCAGGUCAAAAAGAAUCAGCAGUGAUAAUAGACUCUUAGACUUUUAGACUUAAAGCAGAGGAGUUUUUUCUACACCUAGACAAGGACCAGUAGGGAUCUAAGUCUCCCCACAAGUUAGGUGAUGUAGUAAUUCUUAGUUCAUAGGAAGAAAUUGGAGCUGUUUAGUGAAAUAACAGUGAAAAUCAGGGUGGAGUUUUAUCAGGUAUGUUUGCUGAGUGAAUGAUGCUGUGAAUUGCUGAGUCCCCUGGAGCAAAAUCUAAAUUCCACAGCUGUCAAUGAUCACUGUUUUCUUUCUUUUUCUCUUUUAAUUUCAAUAAAUUCCCAAGUUGUUUCUCUUGAGGAUCAACCAAGAAAAGAAAUCACUAGCUAUUGGUUCCUUCAGCUUUAAUACUUAAGUUUCAUUUCUAACCAGGUUCUCUACCUGGUAAAAAUGUUGUAAUGGCAAUUUUGCAUGAGGUGAAAAGGUUGCACUAGAUAACUUUUUAAUCUUACUUCUGUAACUCUUCUUUGUGUGAUGUUCUAUGCUCACUCACAUGUGUGCAUGUGUGCCUAUGUCUCUGUGUGCUUAAUUUUUUAUUUGUCCUAUUCUUCAUUACCUUCUGUCUCUAUUGAUAAAAUUGACUUUAAAAAAGCUUUGUCUAUAUCUCAGAAUAUAUCUGCUUGUCAGCUUCAUAUUAACUCUUUGUGAGAAACUAAUAGGGGCAAGGCUAUAUAGGGAUUGACUUUUAGUGAGGGGGGAGACAGGCAAGUGGAAAGGGGAAAAAAGAGGAGAUACCUUCUUUAGGAAUUUUUUAAUUUUGGUGGUAUUUUAAUGUAGCUGAUUUCUUUUGUGACUACAAACUGAACUGAAUUGUUCCAAAUUGGCAUCCCAUUUCAUGUGAAGAGGCCUCACUAUCAUUUUUCAACUCACUUCUAUUCUGUAAAGAAUAGCUUGUGUUUAGAGAGGUUAAUGUUCAGAAACUUGUGCUGAUCUAACCAAGGAUUAUAGAUUAAAUUUCAGAUUUAAUAACUAUUGCAUUUAGAUGACUGAGAGAUUUCAUUUUUCAUAGAAGAUGGACUGAGAAUUGUAGACAAAGCUUUUAAUCCCCCAUGUUCCCAAAUGUCUUUAAUAGAUCUGGACCAUCCAGAUCAUGAAGGGAAUAGCAGUGUGAGUAUAGAGAUUGACAGCAAGGGAGGGAACCCUAGUUAGAUUUAUAAAUCAGGUCCUUUUUUUUUUUAAAGUCACUGCAGUUUAUCCCUAUAGGCAUCUUGGUUGCUACAGCUUUGUCUCUCUGUCUUUCAGGACCUGCCAUCGUUUACCCAGAAUGUGCACCGACUGGUAAAUGACCUGCGCUACUACAGACUUUGCAAUGACAGUUUGCCCCCUGGCACAGUGAAGCUAUAGUGUCUGCACUGGACCCUUAUUCUGUUUACUGUCCCAACAGAUCUGUACAUCUACCGCUGCUGCCACCACCAUUUCCACCUUCCUUCUCUCAGACCUCAUCUGGACACAUCAUGGGCACAUGUUGGUGAAUUUGCACCCUGGUCUCCAUCUACAACCUACUCCCCCUUUCCACACCUUUUGUUCCUGCCUUGGCCCCAGGUGGCUCGCCAGCACUGUCUUCAGGAUGUGUCUUAAUACCAAUUGUAGUUACCAGGGCAUUUGGAGAGGACAGAGAGUCAUGUUGUCAGGUAUUAGGGUCUUAGCACUUUCUGUGAUGUCCGGAGAUUUCAGUGGGUGGUCUGUGCAGAUCAUGUGUAUAUCAAUCAUGAGGCAGAAACGCCAAAGACAACUUAAGACAUUUGUACCUUCGCAUCAUUCCGCCUUCUUGCACCCACUCCCUCCCCCCAAGGCUGUCGAAGGAGAAAUGUGACAUCUGAACUAAUUUGGCACUUCUGUCACUCCCAAUUCUCUCCUCCCCUCUGUUCCCUUCCUCCCUUUUUACGUCUCUGCUAUUUGCAGAGAUUAGAAAGACUUUUGUUUUUGUUAUUGUUUUCUCAUCAUUCCAUUGUGAUACUAAGAUGCUUAAUGGAAAUAAAAUGCUUAUGUUGUUGUUUUAAAA